UGGGCCCACACACACUUCACCAUUAAAACCCGAACCCAUCGCUGCCCCUCCACAAAUUCCCCCUCACAAUCUCUCCGCCGACCGGCAAUGGCGAAGAACGGGAAACUGAACAAGCUGACGCGCAUGAUAAAGCGGUGGAAUUCCUCCAACAGAAUCCACCGCACCGGCGACGCUGGCUCUGGGAGGUCCGACGAUGAAGACACGUGGCAUGCCGGCAACGAAGUCCCCCCCGGAUACCACGAGGUAUACGUCGGUAAGUCUCGCCGGCGUUACAUCCUAAGCUCGGAUCUAGUAGACCGCCCCCUCUUCAAAAACCUCGUAAAUCGAUCCAGCGGAGGAGUCGUCGGCGCGACAGUCGUUGACUGCGAGGUUGUGCUUUUCGAACACUUGCUGUGGAUGCUGGAGACCGCCGAGCCGCAGCCGGAGUCCUUUGAUGAGCUGGUUGACUUUUACGCUUGUUGACUGACGGUCUCGCCGGCGGCUAACGGUUCUUGUGGAGGAGUACUGGACCGCAGUGAAUCAGUUAUUGCAUUUUGCUUUGGCGUUAUUUGUGUAGAAUUUACAGCUUGAAAUUGUAGUCCGGGGGAAGAGAUAAAUAAUGAAAUGGUUGAUAGCGAUUAACAAAUUCUAAUCACUGUUGACUGCAUUGUGCCACCAUGUUUCUCUUUUGGAUUCUACAAAUUGGUCUGAACAAUGCUGUUGUAAUUAAAAU